AUGAAGUGGGCACAGUCCCAGAGUUUCCCUCAACCUUAUGUUUUGCUUGAACCCAAAUUGCACGAAAAUAGCGAAAUACACUCAUACAUAUUAGUGUAUUUCGCUAAUUCUCCCGAAUUACUCAAAAGGCAGUCGAGUUUGAACGUUAUCAACGUGUUUAUCACGAGAUGUCAGGGAAGUCCCAUUUUAAAACUUUAUAAAACUAUUCACAAGGUUACUGAAAACUCUUCGACAGCCCACGACUGGUUUAGUCCCUCUUGGGGCUCAUCAGGUAGGCGAAGUCCCCGAGUUUCCGUCAACCUUAUGAUCCACUUGAACCCAAAUCGCACUGUUUUCGAUAAAUACACUCAUUUGAAAAUCAAUUUGGUUUUCACGAGAAACUCAACUGAAAAUGGGUUUUCAGCAACCUUUAGCCAAAAAACCGUAGAAUUACACUCAACUGCAAAUCAAUUUGGUUUUUACGAGAGACUCAACUGA